AAAAAAAUUCACCGACUCCAAUAAUCUCACUCUCUCUCCCCCUUUUAAGUAUUCUCUAUAAAUAAUCAUGUUCUCUAUAAAUAAUCAUUAAGUUCUUCCAAUUUUCAUCGGAACAAGUCUGUCCCUCAACACUUCAAAUUCUCCUAAGCAGUACUGCAUUUCCUAUACAUAUCCAGAGAAAGGGAGAGAAUGGGGGAUCGGAGUCUGAAUUUGUUGAUGGUUUUAACUCUACUACGUUUUGCCCCUCUUUGUUUGUGUCAGGUGUCCAAUGAAGCUUGUCUUCACCCACAGUUCUACCAGCGGACAUGCCCCCAAGUCCUACAAAUUGUUAAGUCUGUUGUUGCAAAGGCUGUAGCCAAAGAAACUCGUAUGGCGGCUUCACUUCUCCGACUCCAUUUUCAUGACUGCUUUGUCAAGGGAUGUGAUGCAUCAGUACUUUUGGACAGCAGUGGGAGCAUAAUAAGCGAGAAGAACUCGGUUCCUAACAGGAAUUCAGCUCGUGGAUUUGAAGUCAUUGAUGCGAUAAAAUCUGCAGUUGAAAAACAGUGCCCUCAAACUGUUUCUUGUGCUGAUAUCAUGGCUCUUGCUGCAAGGGAUUCCACCGUUCUUGCCGGUGGACCUAGUUGGGAUGUUCCAUUGGGAAGAAGGGAUUCAAGAGGUGCCAGUUUGAGUGGCUCCAAUAACAACAUUCCUGCUCCUAAUAACACAUUCCAAACAAUCCUCACCAAAUUUAAGCUAAAAGGGCUUGACAUUACUGAUCUCGUGGCAUUGUCUGGGAGUCACACGAUUGGAAAUUCAAGAUGUGUCAGCUUCAGACAAAGGCUCUACAACCAAUCAGGAAAUGCUAAACCCGAUUCUACCUUGGAUAAAUUUUACGCAUCCCAACUGCGAGCCAAGUGCCCACGAUCCGGCGGUGACCAAAACCUAUUUUUCCUCGACUUCGUCAGCCCAACAAAAUUUGACAACAAUUACUUCAAGAAUUUGUUGGCCUCAAAAGGGCUUUUGAAUUCCGACCAAGUUCUUGUGACUAAGAGUCAAGCAUCACUAAACUUAGUGAAGAAAUAUGCAGAGAACACUGAGCUUUUCUUUGAACAAUUCGCAAAGUCCAUGGUUAAGAUGGGAAAUAUUUCUCCAUUGACAGGUGUCAAGGGAGAAAUUAGGAAGAACUGCAGGAAGAUCAACAGCUCUUGAGUGGAGUACCCCACGGUUCAUGGAAUAAAUAAAAUGUUGUGUCUGUAUCUCUGUGUUUUUCAUUCAAAUAUUUAUUAUGAUUUCUUGAUGUUCUUCUUGUGCUUAUGAAGAAAUAAUUGUUUCAAGUUUGUAUCAAGUGUCAUUGGACCCGUGGUGGAAUGUAAACGAAUUUUGUGUUAUCGGAAAUUCUGUGUCGCAAUUA